AUGCGUAAAGUAGCUGCAAUUGAUGCAACAUUUCUCACUGGACAAUACAAGAGUACAUUGGUCGUUGCGACGGCACAAGACGGUGACCACCACCUAUAUCCGUUAGCCUGGGGGGUUAUUGACAGAGAAAAAGAUGCAUCAUGGAGUAUGAAAAUGUUAAUAAAGGCAAUCCUAGAUGGACCUGAUGUUGUCGUGAUUUCUGAUCGACAUAGGAGUAUAAUAAAGGUCGUCAGCGAAGUGUACAAAGAAGCAGGGCACGGAUUUUGUGCGAGACAUAUAGCACAAAAUUUGAAAGUCAAGGUUAACAAAGGCAUGGGAAGAAAAAGUUCGAGAGGUGAUACCGUUGCCGAACGGUUCUUCAAAUGCGCGGAAGCUUAUACGUUGAACGAAUUUGAAGACCUGUUUAAUGAUAUGAAGGACAUGUAUCCCAAAGUUGCGGAGUAUAUACAGAAAGAAGAACUUGAUCCCGAGAAAUGGGCAAGGUGUAAAUUUAAGCGUCAAAGGUAUAAUUUAUUGGCAACAAAUGCGGCGGAAUCAAUAAAUUCUGUAAUGAAGAAAGCCAAAAGGUUUCCGGUGCUGGGCCUUCUGGAUAUGUGUAUCUCCAAGACCGUGGAAUGGUUCGAUAGAUAUAGAGUUGAAGCAGGACGUGCCAAUUAUUCAGAAAAAAUGACACCGCAUGUUGACAAAAUGCUCCAUGAGAGCCAUGCAAUUGCAGCACUUCAUAAGGUUGGUAAAACGAAUGUUAUACCAGACUUGUGUUCUCCAUAUUAUACGCGGGAGACAUGGCAUCUUGCCUAUCAGGAAACCGUGUAUCCGGUCCCCGAUUGCUGUGAAUGGAUUAUCGAUAACCCGAAUGUUGCAAAUCUUGUGGUUAUGCCUCCUAUAAUGGAUGAGAAACGACAAUCUGGGAGGCCUAAACAAAAUCGGUAUCCUGGUCCUGGAGAAGCACGGAAGAGAAUCAAAUGUGUAGCGGAAACAUCAACAUCGGCAAUGUCAGAGAGAACAACUAUUUUGGAGUGA